CCACGAUCGAUCGACUGAGAUUGCCUCAAGAAACAAUGGCUAAAAGCGGUUCAAGUGCCGUAUCUUCGGAGCUGCCGGGGAACCAGUACGUUCGUUUGGAUUUCCAGAGCUGGAACGUGACGUACGCGCUGAGGUCGCACGCACCGGAGAAGAAUCGGCAUGCUCGCGAGCUCAGCGCUGCUGAUUCGAAGGAAGAAGUCUUCUGCUCCACGCGUCUGCAGAGGAUCGUGCGAGAGGUCAGCAAAGAUGGAAAGGGUUCGGAGAAGGAAGUGGAGAAAGAAGUGAGGGAAAUGCUGGACGAAAUGGGUCACUCAAUGUUUCUGCCUGCCGUCAGAUGCCUUGCUCUUCUUCUCCGACCUUUUAUUUGCUCUGCACUGCGCGGAAUAUUCGUCAGCAGAGAAGGACUCCAGCAAUUGCGAGGGGUUGUAUCGCAGUGGCCUGUGGUUCUUCUCCCCUCUCACCGCUCCUACCUCGACUUCCUCCUCAUCUCAUAUAUCAUGUUUGAACACAACAUCAAGCUCCCAUACAUCGCAGCAGGCCAGGAUUUCAUGAAGAUGAAGCUAGUGAGUGGCCUACUGCGGCAGAGUGGAGCGUUCUUCAUGCGCAGGACAUUUGGAGCCGACAGACUCUAUAAGGCGGCGUUCUCAGAAUACGUGAAAACGGUUCUGUGUAGCAACGAUGCUCCACUGGAAUUCUUUAUCGAAGGGACUCGGAGCCGAACGGCGAAGACCCUUCAUCCAAAACUCGGACUACUCUCGAUGGUGGUAGAGCCUUACCUGGCUGGUCUUGUACCAGACAUCAUGUUGGUUCCAGUCAGCAUCAGCUACCAGAGGACCCUGGAGGAGCACCUCUUCUCUCGCGAGCUCCUCGGAGUUCCAAAACCUUCAGAGUCCACUCGGGGACUGAUGAAGGCGCUGUCAAUGAUACGUGAAGACUAUGGCUCCAUAUUUGUGGAGUUUUGUCAGCCAGUAUCACUGCACGAUUUCUGCACCAGCAGAGGAGUCAGUAGAGUACCUCACACUGUAUUUCCAAAAGACAAGUCACUGAUUCUGCCUCAAGAGCGUCAGGUGAUCCUGGAGCUGAGUCAUGUGAUCUUAGACCACACCCACCACGGGAUGCACGUAUACCCCACGGCAAUGACGGCAGCUCUCCUACUGCAGCACGGGUCUGGUCUGGAGAGGGGUGAGCCCCGCACAAUCUUCUCCUCUCACCCUCUCUUUCUCCGUGUUUCUGCCUCUGUAUAUAGAGGAGCUGAUGCAGAGAUUAGAGAGGUUAAAGGAACAGGUGGAAUUGAGAGGAUCCAAGACGCACUGGGAGGGAGACGCAGGGCAGAAUCUCGACUUUGCUCUGAAGACAUUAUCCAGUUCACUGGAAGAUUCUGACUCCUCGGAUGUGAUCAGACCCCUCCAAUUUGCCAUGCCCCCCGCCCCUCGGGGUCUCACGAUAAAGGAGUCGGUGCGGAUGGAGAUAUCGGCAGACGAGAUUCAGUCAGCUCUGGAUGUGGCCUUCUCGAGAAUUCUCCUCUCGCACUAUCGCAACCAACUCAUCCACCUCUUUGUGGCUGAGGCCAUGAUGGCUCUUAGUGUCUCUAGCUGUCUUCCCUGCACACAGAAUGCUGCUCUAAAGAGGUUUGAAACGCUGCACUGUGCACUGACCAGGGAGUUUGUACUACCACUGUCAUCCCCUAGAGAAUUGUUCACGUCAACUCUAAUGAGUUUGGUGGACAGGGGCUACCUCAUUCUGUCGUCUCGUGAAGAGGACUCCAUUAGUCUCAACGAUCGGAGAGAAGGAGAGUUUGACUUUCUACAGAGCCUCUUGCAACCAUUUGUAGAGGGAGUGUGGGUGGUGUGUCAGCAUCUGCUGAGUUUCAGUGGAGGAGUUCAGUCACUGUCUACCACUAUUAGGAAUGCACAGAGACUGGGUAUAAAGUGCAUUACCUCAGGGGUGGUGAGGUCACAUGACCUCCUCUCGUUGGACCUCAUCAGGAACACCCUCUCCUCCCUGACUCAACUGGGCCUCAUCCGACAGCCUGAGAGCGAGGUGGAGGGGAGAGACCGACUGGUAAAAGUGGACCGACAAGAAAAACUGGUUCUGCUGACCUCCCAACUAGGUGCCAUAUUGGGUCAACUUGAUGAAAAUCCAACAUCAAAACUUUAACAACUCAAUAAUUUAUGUG